AUGGCUUUUCAGAUCAGCUUUUUUCUUAUCUUUACUGGACUCACAGGUCAGUCACAUGAAUAAUCUUUAUAAUUAUCAUGAGAGGAAGGUUAUUCUUGUCAAAUAAAAUUAACACUGUUGUUUCUUGCAGGAAUCGACAGCCUAACUACAGUCAGUAAAGUAUCAGUAAAAUAUGGACAAUCAAUCACCAUCCCAUGUCUGUAUGAUGCAAAGUACAAAAACCACGUCAAGUAUCUGUGUCAAGGAUAUGAAUGGAGCUCAUGCACAUACGCAAUUAAAACGGGCCAACCAAAUUCACAGAGGUUUUCCAUCUCUGAUGACAAAAAACAAAGAAUCUUCACUGUGACAAUCAAACAAGCAGAAACUGGUUAUUACUGGUGUAAUGUGGAGAUAGAUAAUUGGGGAGAUACUGGGGAGCGCUUUCACCUGUCAGUCACCACAGGUAAGACCCCUUAAAUAUUCCUCAUAACUUUGAAUCUUUUGUACAGCAGUUGUCGUUAAAAGUAAAACCAUUGAGGGAUUCUUUAAUGUUUGCUGUAGCUUCUGUUACUUACAUAAUCUUUUCUAAGCUAAACUAUUUUCUCACAAGACAGACUCUGGAGACAGAAGUCUUGUGACAGAACAAAGACUGUAGCUUCCAGUAUUUUUCAUUUUAUUAAAUUACAGAAAUAAAAGAGAAGCCAAUACAGACCAGUCAAAUUAAGCAUGUGGGGAGCAGUGAUGAGUUAAAGCUUCAAGAUUUAAAAUAACCUCAUAGUGCCAUGAUAAACUGUACAGAAUGAAGAAAUUAAGAUGAGGCAUGCAGAUGUAAAACCAUGUAAAAAGCAGUGAAUCAUUAAUUAAAAAUUCCUAGAUACUUAAAAGCAGAUACUGAUUCAUUAACAUCAUCCUUUAAUGCAGUAAUAAACUGAAUAAUUGUCUUGUACAGUUUUAAAAGCAUCCUGUUAGUGACAGAGAGCCUGACACUGUUCUAAAGCAGAGCUGGUAAUAACUGUUUUACCCACAUAUAAUUUUGUUAAGUUGAACUGGGAACAUUAGGACAAAUAUGGUUGAAACAGUGGUCCAAGGCCACAGCCCUGGGGGACGCCAUUCAUUAUUUCAAAAGGUAGUUAUUACGUAUUAAACCAACCAUGAAAAUACUUUGAUAGUUCAAUUCUAGGUAGUCUCAGUUUUGUGGUUACAAAGUCUACAGUGUCGAUUCGAAAGGUUGACAAGUCAAUAAAAAGUGCUGCAGAAUCUUCCAUUUUGUUCAAGGACUUAGUAAAAUCACAGAUUAUCUUUAAAAAUUCUAUUGAAGCAGCUUUUAUGAGGAAACGCACAACUCAAAUUGAAGUUUUUUUUUCUUUUUUAUUCUUUGAAGGUACUCCCAGUCUUUAUGUGGAUCAGCAGAAGUUGACAGCCUUUGAAGGAGGAAGCAUUGGGAUCAUAUGUCGCCAUAGCAACUCUGGUCAAAACAAGUGGUGCCGGUUGGGGGGGCCCUGUGAGACGAAGUCUUCAGGAUGGAUGGAUGGAACUCAAGUAACUAUAACCAGCAAGUCCAAUAACUAUUUUACUGUGGAAAUGAGUGGACUGAAGACUGAAAACAGUGGCUGGUAUUUGUGUGUCAGAGGAGAUCAUCAGAUGCCAGUUCAUUUAACAGUAAAUAAACAAUCCAACUCCAGUGAGUACUGAAAAUAUGAUAAAGAAACGAGAUAAUGACAUAGAAUUGUGAAUCAUCAACGUUUGUGAAUUACAGCUUAUUACAGCUGAUAAUGGAGAUAUUGAAUGCUGAAUCUGUAAAUCUCUUCUCUGUUUUACAGCCUCAAGAACACCCACAAAAGGCAAUGAACUGAUGAGGUCAGAAGUCUCUGUAUUUCAGUGAAACUGCAUCCUGCGCCUUUUUAAACAAGUCUGGUUAACUUCAUGAUUUUUCUCAAUUAUCUUUAUGUAUAUGUGUUCUGCAGCGCUGGAGAGUUACACAUGAUUAUCAUCCCUUUGAGUUUGUUGGUCUUCCUUGUGAUGACAACUUUGUUAAUGUGGUUCCUGUUAAGAAAAUACAGUAAGUAAAAGCUGAACAAAAUGUACACAAAUACUGUUAUUUUUUCAUUUUAUCUUGGCUAAAUAUAAGUUAUUUUAAUCCCAAGGGAGAGUAAAUUAAAGUAUAGAUAUUUAUUGUUUCAAUUUCAGAGCAACGACGAGCAGAGGCAACAACCACUACAACAGUAAGAUAGAUUCCCCAAACAUUUUUUAGCAAUCAUAAUUUUUCACCAAUAGUCAGUUCAACCAGAAUUUAAUACAGUGAAACAAGCUCAAGGUAUUUUCUCUUUUCAUGUGUUUGCCUUGUACAGGAAACAGUGAAUAAAAGGUGCCUCUGAACAUGUAACUAGGAACCGUUUUAAUCUAAAUUACACUGGUUUGUUCUUUCAGAUUGAAGAGGAAGUCACAUACAGCACUGUAGACCACACGUCUAAAACCACGAGGAAGGUAAACCCACACUAAGAGUUUGACGAUCACAUUGAAAUACGCAAAAAUGGAAACGCAAAAGAAGAACUUGAUUGACGCUAAAGGGAAAUUCAAAAAGGGCUUAUAAAAGGCUGUCUGCUCAGGUUUUCCGUUAAAGCGUCCUGUUGCAGAAGUUGUUGGUUCAGCGUCUUCUAUCACUCUUUACUGUAUGUCAGUCAUCCCCCACUCUCUUCCUUUUUACUACUAACUUGUUUUUUUCCGCUCUUCUCCUCUCAGGUUCAACCAAAAGCUGAAGAUGAUAAAGUAAUAUACAGUACUUGGGCCCAGUAG